AUGUCGACAUCCAAGGUCAAGGCUGGUCAGCUCUGGGGAAAGAGCAAGGAAGACCUUUCCAAGCAGCUCGAGGAGUUGAAGACCGAGCUCUCCCAGCUCCGUGUCCAGAAGAUCGCUGCCGGUGCCUCGUCGAAGACUCAGAGAAUCCACGACGUUCGCAAGUCGAUCGCUCGCGUUCUCACCGUCAUCAACGCCAACCAGCGCGCCCAGCUCCGUCUGUUCUACAAGAACAAGAAGUACACUCCUCUUGACCUCAGACCCCGCCUCACCCGUGCCCUCCGCCGCAGACUCACCAAGCACGAGGCCACCCUCAAGACGGAGAAGCAGCGCAAGAAGGAGAUCCACUUCCCCCAGCGGAAGUACGCCGUCAAGGUAUGCCUCCUGCUGCAUCACCAUGCGGACAAAAAAUCCCGCAAUCGUUGA